AUGGACGUUGUGCCGGGCCCCGGAGACCAAGGCCGAGGAGCCGGAGCAGAAGGGGCGGCCUCCGUCGCCUCACUAAGAGGACGGCGAAGGUUCCCCCGACAACACACCGAACCGCACACGAGGACGCGACCCUUCGGGGGAACGGGCGGCGACAGCGCCAUAAUAAUGCAGGAGCUACGCCACAGGGUCCAGAACCUGGAGCGGCAACUGGCCGACCAGGAGCGCGACGGACGAACCACCGAUCCCAGCUACACCCCAUCCCCUGAAAGCCAAGAGAGAGACUCCCACCGAAACCGUCUGCGACGCGCCUCCGCAUCCCGAACGGAAGCGGAGAGCACCCGUGAAGAGUCCCCCAUCCCGAGAAGACGAAAUGACACGAUCAUCUACUCCCGAGGCAAGGAAACGCGCCGCACAACACGAGAUCGCGAAGACGGGGAAGGGAGGUCCGAGAGGAAACGGCAACCCGUGAUAAUGGGCGCCACCCCAUUCCACCGAUCCAUCCUCGAAGUCCGGUUGCCGAAGCACUUCGACAAACCAACGGACAUGAGGUACGAUGGAACUCAAGACCCUCUAGAACACCUCACGGCCUUCGAAGCAAGGAUGAAUCUAGAGGGAGUAGGGGACGAGGUGAGGUGCCGAGCCUUCCCGGUAACCCUGGCAGGACCCGCGAUCAGAUGGUUUAACGGCCUCCCGCAAGGGUCCAUCUACGGAUUUUCGGAUAUCAGUCGUGCAUUCCUGGCCCAGUUUACAACACGAAUAGCGAAGGCAAAGCACCCGAUCAACCUUCUGGGGGUAACCCAGAGACAGGAAGAGCCGACCAAAAAAUACCUGGAUCGGUUCAACGACGAAUGCUUGGAAAUCGACGGCCUAACCGAUUCGGUAGCCAGCCUUUGCCUGACGAACGGCCUCCUCAACGAGAACUUUCGAAAACACCUUACCACGAAACCAGUCUGGAUGAUGCACGAGAUCCAAACGGUAGCCAAGGAGUAUAUAAACGAUGAGGAAGUCAGCCAAGUCGUGGCUGCCAAUAAACGGCAGUCCGGCUACAGCCAACCUCGGCAACAAGGUAACGGAGAAAGACUAAAGGAACAAGCCAGGGAAGGAGCUCCAAGCAAGGCACCCAGGCCAUUCCCCCGGGUCGGGAAAUUCACCAACUACACUCCGCUCACUCUUCCCAUCAUGGAAGUUUAUCAGCAAAUAGCCGAGAAAGGAAUCCUGCCGAAGCCCCGACCACUCAAGGACCGUACGGGAGGAAACAAGAACUUCUAUUGUGACUACCACAAAGGCUAUGGUCACCAAACACAGGACUGCUUUGACCUGAAGGAUGCACUAGAACAAGCAAUAAGGGAAGGUAAGCUAGCAGAAUUCUCCCAUCUUAUCAGGGAGCCGAGGAGGCGUUAUCGCGACCAAGACAAAGAAGGCAAAACCCGUUCGGCAAAGCGGCGACAAGAGCCAGAAGACAGAGAUCACGGCCUCACCGUGAUAAACGUGGUGACGGCCAAAAACGCCGCGCCGAGGUCACGAUCGCCGCACAAAAAAGAUGCUAAGGUCUUGGCGGUCUCCUCCUCGGUGCGAAACUCUAAGAAGCCCCCCUCCAUUUCUUUCGGCCCGGAAGACCAAUGGUUCGACGACGCCCCAGAAAACCCACCCAUGGUCAUCACGGCCAGAGUGGGAACCGGCCUCGUCAGACGAAUCCUUGUCGACACGGGGGCUGACUCGAACAUCAUGUUCCGCAACGUAUUUGACGCACUGGGACUAAGGGACGCCGACUUGACGACUCAUCAGCACGGGGUCGUUGGAUUGGGCGACCACUUCAUCAAACCUGAUGGAAUAAUAUCCCGCUGA